CACGUAGAGGCAGUGAUUGCGAUGCUUCAUCAUGCUAAGCCUCAGCUUCUGUGGGUGGACAUGCCCGUCUUCGCUCAGAAGGAGGCCCAGUGGGUGGAGUUCUUGAAGGUAACGGGAAGUGCAGAGCUUACGCUUAGUAACUUGAAUGAGCAUGGCAACCCUUUUGACCCCGUCUACCUCUGCGACGACCUCCUCCAGUAUCUGCCCGAGAGCAGAGUGAGGCUGAACGGGUUCCACGGGUACGUGAGGCAAAGUGGGGCGACCGCCCUUGCCGCGAUGGCUCGUCGCUCUCAACGCGACAUCCGUUUGAAUAUCGAUGGAAUGCCAACGGAGACAACUAAAGCCAACUGGGGAUUAAUUCUCAAACCUGCGACCGAUGACAUCAACUUCCAAAUGAAGAUAGAGAUAGAUAGCUCCUACACCCGCCCGCCAAGUCUGGACAUUGACGCGUAUGAUGACUGCAACGCGCAGGACUUGGCCAACGCCAUCAUUUUCAUGGCCCCCCAAGAUAAGAGGUUCUCGGUGCUGUUUCUAGCUUGGAGGGAACUGAGUACAGAUGACCUGCGAGAUCUCCUGCAGAGGCUGCAGGAUGGAGGAAUCAGGACGAGUGAUUACUGGGAAGCGCACGUCGCGAGCCUCACGCGCGCUGCAGUAUCGUUUAAUGAAUAUUAUAAGGGUUUCGAACUAUACAUCGGCGACCAGAUGAGUCCAGAAGACCUACUACUGCAGAUUGAUUCAGGUCUGGAGGAUGAAGAACUGGAGGAUGAAGAACUGGAAGAUGCAGAACUGGAGUCACUGGACGAAAUGAGCAUAGGAUGAAAGUAAUGUCUGCUUAAGACGAGUUUUAAAGUCGCGGCAGACUAGUCUCUCAUCUGACGCAGAUAGUGUCGCAUAUUUUCCGUCACAGCACCAGAGCUGCGGCAUCUGUUGUAUUUUGCUCCUAAGUUUAUGAUGAAAAUGUUGAUAUUGACUGAAGAUGAGCGAAUAAGCGGAGCCGACCUGGGAGGGAGGGCUUGUGAGGAAGGCGACUGUGCCGGUGUGCCCUGCCCAAAAUGUAAUGUAUAUUAAGUGCACUUACACUGAGAAUUUUUUUAUUUUGAUCCUUAGGAUUCGCCAACGAUUAUCAUAAUCUAGUUCUUCUUAAUUUUUGCACAUUUUU